AUGUUACAAAUAUUAAUUGAAAAUUUAAUUGCAAUGAUUAUUGUUGGUCUACUAGUGGGUAUAACGACCAGUUUAAUAUGCUAUAAAAUUGGUGAAUUUUGGAAAUUCCCUAUGCUUAUUAUAGAAUUUAAUAUAACUAGGACUAUUAAAAGAAUAAAAUACAAAAUUGAUUUUUGGUUAAACCUUUUAUCCAAGGAAAUGAACUUAUUCAAAACGCAGUUAUCUAAAAACGACCUUGUGAUACCAGAUAAUGUAAUCGACGAUUUUGAUUACAAUAAAAUCGGACAAAAAUACCGCUCACGCAGUACUUCACAAUCUACUACAGAAGAACCAGCAUUAGAAGAUGAACUGGCCUAUACAGAUGGUUAUAUAACUGUGGAGGAAAUCGAUGACGAUUAUACAACCGAAACACAAAAUGAGCUAGAAUUGGCUUCUAAAUUGCCUAAAGACUAUUUCCAAGAAUUGACACCUCCACCUACUCCUACAACGACUUCUGCUUCUUCUGGUAUAACAACGGCCACAAACCAUUAUGAUAAUACCUUAUUUUCAAUUAACAAUGAUAAUACCAAGAACAACAAUAGCAUGACAACUGCAACAUCCACAAUAAACAACUACCAUAAUGUUGACACGAGUAAGAUUGGUGCCGACAACUAUAAAAAUAUUAAAUCAAAUUUACAUCAUAGAGGUACCAAACAGUCACAUUGA